UGACCCAGAAUUUGCCAGAAGCGUACCUAGACCCAGUAAGCCGCCUGGCUAAGCAUUUAGACGAGGUGCCAGCUAGAUUGGUCUCCGUCUCCCCCCUUUCUCCUCAGGUCUUCCCGGAUGUUUGGCCAGAUGAAAGCUGGGUGCGAGAGGCUCACUCCCCGGUGCCCCCGCGUCGACUUUGGGCAGUGCUUUAAUUAUCAGACAAAAUACUAGCACAUGGAAGGGCAAUGGCGGAUUAUCCGAUGAGGAUGGGAGGAAGCAGCAGCAGCAGUAUUGGUGCUAUUCUUGGCCUCGAUCGAACCCAGUGUUCCGCCGGACCACCGUUGCCCUGGCCCUGGUCAACUUGGAAAGGAAAUGGUAUUGGUGGACACGUCCAUGGCUGCAAAGAACAACAGCACCCUGGAACCGGGGUGGCCUCAGGAUCGGCAGGGGAUGGGGGGUCGAGCGUGCGGGAGGGACGACGGAGAAGACCGAGCAUAUGCCGUGUAGAAAGCGUGUUCAAGGAAAUGGGUAAUCCGGUAGGGGGGGGGUUAAGUCGGCGCCCGCGAUGUUGUUUCUGCUUGGCGUUUCAGCGAUCCCUAUGGGCUGUUUUCCCGCUCGCUACCGAAGCUUCAUUCACAUCGCUUGGCUGGCGUUGGGCAGGCCAAGAAAAACCGAAGGCUCUCUGCCAAGGGCGAUCUGCCCGCGGGCCUCGAUGCUAGGUGCUUGGCAUGCUAAGCUUCGAGUGUUGCGGAAGAGGAAUACCGAACACGAUUAUUUCAGGAUACCAGACGAAGGAGAAACAAGUGGCCUUGCUGAAGCCAAAACCGAUAUUGUUUGCGGCACUCGGGCUCCCAACAGAGGGAGGCAGCCGUCGUCGCUCCCGCCCGUG